GAGGGAGGCACCACGUGUGCUUUGGCGUGCUGGGAGAAGCCUGUUUUGUUCUUUCUUUUUUUAUGUAAUAACAUCUCCUGUCCUCAUCUCCACGGUUUAAGCAACUAUUGAUUGCAAGUUGGAAAUGUUUCCGAAGAGGAGCUCGUAAGAGCUGUGCCAGGCGCUGUGUGAGCGCGGGAGGCAGGAGGCCUGUCCAGGCUGCGGAACAGUGCCUGAAGCAGGUCCACCAUGCCGUUAGUAACGAGGAACAUUGAGCCAAGGCACCUGUGCCGUCAGACGUUGCCUAGCGUUCCGAGCGAGCUGGAAUGCGUGACCAACAUCACCCUGGCAAAUGUCAUUCGACAGCUGGGCAGCCUGAGUAAAUCUGCAGAAGACAUAUUUGGAGAGUUGUUUACUCAAGCCAACACCUUUGCCUCUCGGGUGAGCAUUCUCGUCGAGAGAGUUGACCGCCUGCAAGUCAAAGUCACUCAGCUGGAUCCCAAAGAGGAGGAAGUCUCCUUGCAAGGCAUUAACACCAGGAAGGCCUUCAAAAGCUCCACCACUCAGGACCAGAAGCUUUUUGACAGAGAUUCUCUCCCUGUACCUGUCCUUGAAACCUACAGGACCUGCAACACCCCUCCACCUCUCAACAUCCUCUCACCUUACAGGGAUGAUGGCAAAGAGGCACUUAAAUUCUACACAGAUCCUUCAUAUUUCUUCGACCUUUGGAAGGAGAAAAUGCUUCAGGACACCAAGGAUAUCAUGAAGGAAAAGCGGAAACAUAGGAAAGAGAAAAAGGAGAAUCCGAACAGAGGAAAUGUGAAUCCACGGAAAAUCAAAACCCGGAAAGAGGAGUGGGAGAAGCUGAAAAUGGGACAAGAAUUUGUCGAGUCAAAGGACAAGCAUGGUCCUGCUGGGUACCCCUCCAACAUGGUGUAUCAGAACGGCAGCAUCGGCUCCAACGAAAGCAUGGACGGGAACUGCUACCCGCCACCGCCACAGACUGACUCCAUUGUGCCACCACCUCCCUCAUUCCCAGAUGACAGCCUGCCUCCACCCCCGGUGGAAUUUAGCUAUCCUGUAGACAACCAAAGAGGUUCUGGUUCUGGAGGGCCCAAACGAUCCAGCCUGGUUAGCCCGAGCCACCCACCACCAGCUCCUCCGAUCGGAUCGCCCUCCGCAGCCAGGCCGGGCUUUGCUCCCCCUCCAGCUCCUCCUCCACCACCACCACUGAUGGAAAGCACCCCCCCUCCGCCACCUGCCAUGGGCUUCCCCUCCCCGGGACCCCCCCCGCCACCCUCGCCCCCCUCCUUCCCCCCUCACCCCGAGUUUGCUGCCCCUCCACCGCCCCCCCCUCCCCCAGCAGUCGACUAUUGCAGUGUUGUGCCAGCUCCGCUGUCGCAGCCGGGCACCGGGAUUGCGCCGCCGCCGCCGCCGCCGCCGCCCCCUCCAGGCCCACCCCCGCUGGCCCCCGGCGGCCUGGAUGGCCCCCCGCCCCCCCCGCCCUCCGACACCUCCGCAUCCAAGCCCAAGUCAUCCUUGCCUGCGGUUAGCGAUGCCAGGAGUGACCUGCUUUCGGCUAUUCGGCAAGGCUUCCAGCUGCGCAAGGUGGAGGAGCAGCGGGAGCAGGAGAAGCGGGAUGUUGUGGGCAACGACGUGGCCACCAUCCUGUCCCGCCGCAUCGCGGUGGAGUACAGCGACUCCGAGGACGACUCCUCCGAGUUCGAUGAGGACGAAUGGUCGGAUUAGCCACGCUCCCACCCCCUCCUUCCCUUCUCUCCUGGGUGCGCUUCUUACAGAAUCAGGUGGCCAAACCUCGCACCACAUCCUUUUCAUCCUGUAACCAAAGAUGUGCCAAGGGUUUUCAGACAACCAGCAGCAUAUCUCCCCUCUCCCUCCCCCUCCAGCUUUGGCAGGACUUCGUGCUCUGCCUUUCCAAAAGGUCUCCUCGCGGACACCGAGGAUGCGGCGCUGGGAUUUAGCUGGAGGGGGUGUAACGGUUGCUUAUUUAAAAGAGAGCUAAACCUCCAGAUUUUUUGAUGCCACCAGGCAGAGCACAUAUAAACCCUCCAUCCUGAGGGAUUUUUAAAGUAAAGAUGGAUGAUCCUGUUGUGGCCAUGUGGCCUUUUGGAUGAAGGACAUUUUCAGCUGGUUUUCUCAGUGCAACAGCAGACAGUUGAUCUGAUGGCUCUUCCUUGCCAGUGAAUACUGGUAGUGCUGCAAGAAAAUGGGCUUUAAAUGUCAGUUCUCUGCUGCAUCCCACUGUCAAAUAAUCAGGUUUUUGGCAAUAGUGCACAAUUCUUUCCCCCCUGACCCCUGAGUAUUAAUUCCAGAUCACCCUGUGUGGGGUGCACUUCCCAGCUCCAAGGCUGCUGAGUGCCUUGGGUGCAGUGUAAGGAGGGACUUUUUUUAUUUUAGAAGCUGCCUUUACCUUCCUCAAAUCUCCUGGACUGCUUUGCCAAGAGGAGACUUGCACAGAGGGAUGUAAAACUGGGGCAGGAUACUUGCUCAGCUUCCCACUCUUGGGAAAGCAGAGCCACUGCCCCACUGCGACACAGCCGUGGUCAGCUCUGAGCGGCGGCCAGACCUCGCCAGGCUGAUUUUCUCCAAUUCAUGCUGAGAUUGUGUUUUAAAAUUCCAAAUCCAGUGCCUAAGACAGGGAGAUGGGGUGGGGUGGGCUUCUCUGAACACCAGGCACUGUGGUGGUCUUUGGCCUGCCAGGGCAGUUUGAGAGGUGCUUUUUUUUAGUGGGGUGACUGUACUUUUAACACAGGGACUUAAAUGCUGGUAUUGCCUUUGCUUCUUCUCCCUUCCCCCUAGGGAGGGGAGUUUGUGUGCCUAAAAACAUGGUGUGUGUGAACUGAGUUGCCCAUCAGUUACAUCAGACCUAACCUACCCUAAUUUUGUUAUUAUAAUUCAUUAGUUAAUUUUAAGAGAACGGUUUUUUUCUCCUCACUAACCCUGUGAAUUAAUUCCCAGGCUGCUUACUAUAGAUCCAGUACUGGCAGGGGAAAAUGGGGAAUUUGAACUAGCUGACCUCGGUUUUAUUGCUGUUUUAUGUUACCUUACAUAGAAUAUGAGCGUAUCUUGGAAAUCUAACCCAGAUACCCCUAUGUGUAUUUUAACUUGGACAUGACUCAGUAAGGGUCAUGCAAAAAGCAAUUCCAAAGCCUUUUUGAGGUUAUGGGUCCAGCGGUUGUGGGAUGUGAUUCCCACUAAGACCAACUCUCCCAGCUUUUUGCCUUUCCUAAAGUAUUUCACCAGCCUGUGCCUGUCUCUCUUCCCUGCCUCGCCUCUCUAAUGGUGUUGCUGAUACCUGGAACGCUGGGCCCUGCCCGAGGCUGGCUGGAAAUUCUGCUUGGGAGUUGAUUGAUGGCUUCAGCUUGUGCCACCGAGUUCUUGCUGAUUCCUUGUGUGUGUGCUAAUCUUGGCCGGGGCUGAGGCGGAUGGAGGACGGGCCCAGGGGUGCAGAUCAAGCUGGGACCCAGUGGCCCCGGGGAUUCCCUGGGUGGCAGUGCCAUGCAGGCAGGAUGCAGGGGGUGUGGGCAGCCAGGCACCCCCAUGGGCUGGGAACAUUGCAGCAGCACCGGUGCUGGGUUCUGCAGGAGGAACAGACCCCUGGAGCGCAGGUGAGCCGUGGUGCAGUGCAGACACUGGGAAAUGCAAAGGGAUGGUUGCUGCAAGCUGGGUGAGGGGAUGAGAGGCACUGCCUCGUUCUGCUGCUCUUUCUGAGAGCAUCCUCCUCCGGCUGCUCUGAGAGACAAGUUUCCAGGAAAAACAGGCCCUGAGCUAACCCGGGCUGACAGCAGGAUCACACAGGGAAGCGAGGAGCCCACAAAUGCCAAACCUGGCUAAAUUUGAGAUUGCAUUAACUAGACUUAGCCCUUGUUGGGAAAGGGGGAGCGAGUCUUCCUGUCACCUGAAAUACCGAGAAGUGCCAUAUCCCCUGAGCCCCGAUGGAUGGUGUGUCAGGCAGGGCCGAGCCUGGCGACUGGGGACAGGUCCCUCACACUGCCUAUUGCACAAGGAUGCUGCUGUGUGGGCAGGGACACGGGUGGAGGUGGCUCCUCCAGCCUCCAGGCAGCGGGAGGGACGCUGCCGUGUCCCUGCAAGCCUGCUGGAAACACCCUCUGCUCCCAAAUCCCAUCCCAGAGCAGGCAUCAAAACUGCAGGAUCCUAAACAGAAGGCUUGUGGACAGGUAGGGGAGGUCGGUUGUUGGAGUGUUUUUUUAAAAUCUCUUUUGAUUCCUGCUUUUUAAUUUUUUUUACUAAAUCUUAGAUUGCCUUAUCCUGUGUGGGGAUCCCUGAGAAACAGCUGCUCUACACAGGGACCAUCUCUGAGAAUCCUUGCAAAAUUGCAGAGCUGUGGGCCACCAAGUGAGCUCGAUGUUUUUGAAAGCAGCAGGGGAGGAGGAGAGGUGCCAAAACCAACCUUUGCAAGACAGAGCAGCUGUGCUGGAAGUUCAGGGCUGCCCUACCACCUUUGCCCUCGUGCUGGGGGCUCUCACUCCUUCCUCCCCUUUCAGGGGGGGCUGGGGCAAACCUCAGGCAUUUCCCAAAGCCCAGGGCUCAAGCUGUGCCCCCCAUUAGCUCUGCUCCCCACGACCUGUGCUCCCCAUUAGCUCUGCUCCCCACAAGCUGUGCUCCCCACAAUCUCUGCUCCCCACAAGCAGCCUCCCGCUGCCCCUCGCAGCCAUUUCGCCCAUCCUGGGAACUGCUGGUUCCCAGGCACGGCUGCCUUCCCUUCCCUUCCCUUCCCUUCCCUUCCCUUCC